AUGGAGACCUGCCUGAAAGUCCUGCUGCUCGCUGGGGUGGUCACAGUAGCCCCCGCGCCCUCAUCGUCCCCUCUGCCAACCCACGAGGAUGCAGUUUUAGCUGCAGUUUAGAUCUACAACCAAGAGCCAGGCACAACACUGGCCUAUGGGCUCCUGGAGGCUGAGCCGCAGCCAGACUGGGACGUGUCUUUGAAAACUAUCCAGCCGCUGACAUUCACUGUGAAAGAGCCAGUGUGCCCGGUAUCAGAGAAACGCGAGCCCAACCAGUGUGAAUUCAAAGAAGAUGGGCUGGUCAAAGACUGCUCUGGAUUCUUCUCCACUGAACAGGACCCCCCUUCCAUCAUUAUCAAAUGCAAGGAGGCGUCUGAGGAACCUAAUGUCAUCUCACAGGGCUGA